ACUGUCAUAAAAUUGACUAAUAUGACAAAUUCAUAAACUGCAAAAAAGUUUAAUUUGUUCGCAUGCAUUAUUACAUUUACAACAAAGAAAACUUCAUUAAUAAACCAAUUAAUUUGUUCUUUAACCGAACUGUCCAUAUGACAUACCUAUAUAUACAUUAAAUAAUUUGUAAGUGUUUAGCACAGACAUUAUGUAAACUGUACUGACUUCAAUUGGUCGAAUACAUGCUACAGAUACUCACAAAUAAGUAUCUAAGAAACCUCGAAAGAAAAAAGUGAAAGUGCUUGCGUUUAAAAUUUGAAAGGUAUGAAUGUAACUAAUGUAGUGCAGAUAAAAACGGGUCACAAUUGUUACCACUGUUAAUUGAACUUUAAACAUUGUAAGUGAUGGAGGGACAUAACCAUAUGGAUCAUGCACAUCAUCACAUGGAGCCAGUUCAUAAUAUGGAUAAUAUGAUGCAAGCAGAUCAUCAAAUAGGCAUGAACAGUUCACAUAUCUAUGAAGAUGGGAGUGUAAUGUUUAACUCAAGUGAAGAUCUCAACAGUAUUAAUUUUGGCACGCUGAGUGCACCUACACAUGGUCAUCACCGUGAUAUGCACAGCAUGAUGUCUAUGACUUUUCAUGGAGGAUAUAAGGAGACAAUUCUUUUCUCAUGGUGGAAUGUUACUGAUAUAGGCGAAUUUAUUGGUUCCUUCCUAGCUAUUUUUAUUCUGGCUCUUCUGUAUGAGGGAUUGAAAUACUAUAGAAAACAUUUAUUAUGGAAAACAUAUACAGGUCUACAGUAUUGUGCUGUAUCGCCACCUGAUAAAGGUGUGUCUAAUAUAUGUGCUGAUGAACCCCAAGUGAUACCGCCAAUGCCCCAUGCACUUGAAAGAAAUAUUCCCACAAUGUUGAGUGCAGCGCAUGGGUGGCAGACGGUGCUUCAUGGUUUCCAAGUUCUAGUAAGCUACAUGUUAAUGUUGGUGUUUAUGACAUACAAUACUUGGUUGUGUGCCGCCGUCGUUCUUGGAUCUGCAUCUGGUUAUUUCCUCUUUGGCUGGCGUGAAUCAGUAGUUGUUGACUUUACUGAACACUGUCACUGACAAAUAUUGAAUUAUUAUGAAUACCUACAUAGUAUUAUUAUAGAUAAUUAUAAAACCUUGCCAAUAAAUAUGGUUAUGUAUAC